AUGGUCAGGAACAUUCUGAUUGUGGUGUUAGGCCUUUCUUUCAUGCAUAGCUUGCUCCUGGAUUUUGAAUUCACCUAUACGAUUCCUCAAACCAAAUAUACUCUCAUUAUGACUGCCUGCUUCGCUUUCCUCACAGGAUUUCUCUCUCUCUUACAGUACAAGCAGUCCAUCAAUGGUUCUGGCAGCCUGAUCACCAUCCGCAAAUCUGCCAGAGAAAGUCAAGUUAUGGAACAACAUGGGGUUUCUAUCAAAGUUGUCUCAUUACCAGCAGGUACUGCAAUGCCUCGUAGUAUUGUCCGGGUACACUCUGCCCACGUGAAAGAAGAUUCUCCAAAAAGACCACACGUCCAAGCACAUCGUGUAACCUAG